AUGAGUCAACUGGACUCAAAAAUGAACGAGAUUACUGGCAUAAUCUCAAAAUCGGACCGAAAAUUUCCCGAAAAUGAAAACCAGCUUGAUCACCUUUGCCAGAUAAAUGCCAGAGAUAUAGCCGCCAGUAGAAAGUAUAUGAAAAGGUGUACGACAGGUACGGCUAAAACAAUCAUCUCGGUAUCGAUACACUCGGUUGAAAAAAUGAAUAUCAAGACCAUGUGCAAAAUAGCCAAUGAACGUAGGCGUGUCAUUCAAAACUCCAAGUGCUAUAAUCGGGGUAAAAAAGAACUGACCAAAUGUUGGACAAAUAAUAACGCUAUGCUUAUGGCCAUUAAUAAUGUUACCGAUGCCCAAUUGAAAAUACCGCUUCUGUGUUGGUAG